AUGGGUUCUGCGAGUGCGGCCCCAAUGACUAAUCCGUAUUCUAUGGGGACUCACUUUCCAAAUACAUCAAUCAAUGAGGCUAACCUUCAUCAUAAAUUUGGCCUCCCAGUCUCGUCAACCUCAGCCACAUCAGCGUCCUUCUUCUAUCCCCACUCGCCGUCCACUGCUCCUUCUCCCUACGCCCCCUACAUCCCCGCCUACGUCCCUCCACCACAGUUACCGACUGCAAAUCUUCAAUCCGGUGUUUACCAAUCGGUGAACGAGAACUUCGAAACGCAACGAAAGGCCGCAGUGGCGGCAGCCGCCGCCUUGGCGGCUCACCAGCAGCCCUCGCAGUCGCAGCCUACCCAGCCCUUGGAUCAACAAGUGCAACAAUUUAGCCAACGAAGGAAGCGCAGGGUUCUUUUCAGUCAGACACAGGUGAUGGAACUAGAGAGGAGGUUCAAGCAGCAGAAAUACCUCACUGCGCCCGAGAGGGAGCAUUUAGCCCAGAUGAUCCAUCUCACACCAACGCAGGUUAAAAUAUGGUUUCAAAACCACCGCUACAAGUGUAAAAGAGCUAUUAAAGAGAAAGAAGGUGGCGUGGUGCCUCUCCCACAAGUACAAAGUGGCAGCGGCAUUCGAAGCUGUUCUGAGGGUAGUAAAGAAGACGACGUCCUCAGUGACCGCAGUUCUCCGAGUGAAUUUAACGGUAACAAAGACGACAUUCAGUCGACGUCUGAAACGACGCAGAUACCGUCGGACGGUGGGAGAAUGCUUUCAGCUUCGCAAAUAAAGGAUGGCUUCAGUAAUUUCGAAAUGGCGCUCCAUUUCCCAGAUUCCAAGCUUUUUUCUGGAUCUACAUUAGCACAUGGAGGCUACGGAGGCCAACCGAUGUUUCUAUCAAGUCCAAGAGAUCCACCACGCGAAGGUGAAAACGGAAACGUAGAUAUUUACCGUCCUUAUUUCAACUACUGUGCUUCGGAUUACGAUAAUUCGAAAAGGCUCGGGGCAAGCAUCUUGGGCAGUGGUGCCAGUGGGGAGGGCCCUGGUACAACAGACUUUCUACCUCAAACAGCAAAUUCCAAGGCUGUGUUUGGAUAUCAGCGGAUUCCUGAUGAGGAAGUCUCGGCUAAAUCGAAGCAUGCGUUCGGAGUUGAAAUGAGGGACAUUGGAUUUGGAUCGCGACACGGCGAUUUCUACCGAAUGACCCAACCACUAACGAAAUCAGGAGAUGUCUGGCAGGAAUGCCUGGCUUCCGCUGGUUCGGAAAAACCCAAUAUCAUGCCCUCUGUCUAUGAUUUCCAAACAAACACCAGAACCGAGUAA